AUGGAGGAGGAAGCCCAUGGCAUCGUUAUUGUCGGCGCUGGCAUCUGCGGCCUUGCCACUGCUCUUGCCCUUCACCGGAAAGGGAUUGCUAGUCUGGUGCUGGAGAAAUCUGAGACCUUACGAGCAGAUGGAGUUGCAAUUGGUAUCCAUGCCAACGGAUGGAGAGUUCUGGAGCAACUUGGAGUGGCUGCAGAGCUAAGGGAAACUGCCAAUCCCGUCACGGCGUAUCAUAACGUGUGGCAGCAAAGGAACAACAAGACUAGCCGGUUAUUACCACUCAGGAAGGAACUCCGAUGCUUGAAAAGGAAGGAUCUCAUCGAGACAAUGGCCAAGAAUUUACCUUCAGGAGCAUUCCGCUUCGGCUGCCACGUGGUUGCGAUCCACCAAGAUCCUGGUACCCAUGGAGCCAUUCUUACUACAGUUGAUGGUUGCAUUAUCAAGGCCAAGGUCCUGAUUGGAUGUGAUGGUGCAAAUUCGGUGGUAGCCAAGUACCUAGGACUGUCUGCGUCCAAAACAAUCCAGCACAUGGUUUUUCGUGGUUUCACUAGAUAUCCACAUGGACAUCCAUUUAGUACCGAGUUUCUGCGAUUGAAAGGAGAGGAGUUCUUUGUCGGCAGAAUUCCAGUAACCGACAAUCUAGUUCAUUUCUUGGUACUCACGCCUAUUCCUCCAUCAGGAAGGAUCACCUAUGAUGUGAUCGCCGCGAAGGAUUCCGUGCUAGAGAAGCUACGAGCUCAAGAUUGCCCCUCUGAUAUCAUCGAGAUGCUGCGGAACUCUGAUCCGGAGACCCUGAACGUCGUGAACAACAUCUGGUACCGGCCUCCAUGGCAGGUCGCGUUCGGCACCUUCCACAAGGGCGUCGUGACGGUCGCAGGCGAUGCGAUGCACGUCAUGGGCCCGUUCAUCGGCCAGGGCGGCGCAUCGGGGCUUGAGGACGCCGUCGUGCUCGCACGAUCGCUGUCACGAGCCGCCGCCGGCGACUACAGUGUCGCGAUUAAGGAGUAUGUCCGAGAGAGGAGGCUAAGGGUGGCAUUAGUGUCUCUGGAGUCCUUUGUCUUUGGGAUGAUGCUGGGGAGUGCCAAGUCGCUGGUGACAAAGCUUGCCUGCAUCGUUGUCUUGGCACUCCUAGGCAAUCGGUCGCUGAGGCACGCCAACUAUGAUUGCGGUCGCCUCUAG